UUGGCAGAACACCGGCACCUCAGUCUGGAGGAGGAGGCGAGAGGAGCAGGUCGGAGGACGGAGACCCGAGAACCGACACCCGAGACCCGAGACACGAGACCAGCUCUCUAGUGGCGACACUUUCCUCCGGGAGGACAUGCCGGCACCGCCGCCCCGGAGCACCGCGGCCCGGGUCCCGAGCCCCGUCCGCGGGUGACCGGCUCCAGCAGCUCCAGCUCCGGCUCCAGCAUGAAGGACGCGGGGGAGUCCAAGGACCAGCAGCUGACCGUUGCAUUGAGGAUCCGACCCCUCAGCGAUGCUGAGAAGGACGAGGGGGCCGCCAUCGUGGCCCACAGAGUGGACGAGCAGAUGGUCGUCCUCAUGGACCCCAUGGAAGACCCAGACGACGUCCUGCGUGCCAACCGCUCCAGGGAGAAGACCUACAUGUUUGACGUGGCAUUCGACUUCUCAGCCAGUCAGGAUGAAGUGUACCGAGCUACAACCAAAGGGCUCAUUGAAGGCCUCAUAUCGGGCUACAACGCCACCGUGUUCGCCUACGGACCCACUGGUUGUGGGAAGACGUACACCAUGUUGGGGACGGACAAGGAGCCCGGCAUCUACGUGCGCACACUGAACGACCUGUUCCGUGCCAUCGAGGAGACCAGCGACAACAUGCUGUACAGCGUCUCCAUGUCCUAUCUGGAGAUCUACAAUGAGAUGAUCCGUGACCUGCUGAACCCGUCCUCAGGGUUUCUAGACCUGAGAGAAGACUCUAAAGGUGUGAUUCAGGUGGCAGGCAUCACGGAGGUCUCUACCAUCAAUGCUCAAGAGAUCAUGGAGCUGCUGAUGAAGGGCAACAAGCAGCGCACGCAGGAGCCCACGGCGGCCAACCAGACGUCGUCCCGCUCCCACGCCGUGCUGCAGGUGGGCGUGAAGCAGCAGAGCCGCUGCCGCGAGGUCCUGCAGGAGGUCCGCUUCGCUCGCCUCUUCAUGAUCGACCUGGCCGGCUCUGAGCGAGCUGCACAGACUCAGAACAGAGGUCAGCGUUUAAAGGAAGGAGCCCACAUCAACCGCUCCCUGCUGGCUCUGGGCAACUGCAUCAACGCCCUGAGCGACAAGAAUGGCAGCAAGUACGUCAACUAUCGGGACAGCAAGCUCACCCGCCUGCUGAAGGACUCCCUGGGCGGGAACAGCCGCACCGUGAUGAUCGCUCACAUCAGCCCCGCCUCCAUCGCUUUUGAGGAGUCUCGGAACACCCUGACGUACGCUGACCGUGCCAAAAGCAUCCGAACCCGGGUCAAGAAGAACCUUAUAAACGUGUCGUACCACAUUGCUCAGUACACCAACAUCAUAUCAGACCUGCGCUGCGAGAUCGAUCGGCUCAAGAAGAAGAUCUCAGAUCAGGCGAGCCGCCAGAUCAACCCGGACCGCGCCGACAUCCGUAAUGUCCAGGCCGAGGUCCAGGCCCACUCCAGCCAGCCGGGCCGGGCCGGCAUGGACCAGCUGAAGGAGCAGCUCCUGGACGCUUUCCGCCAGCAGAUGGAGAUCCGGAGGAGCCUGAUGGAGCUGGAGAACAGCAACAUGGAGAUCCAGAUCGACACCUCCAAGCACCUGCUGACCAUCACAGACUGGGAGCGAGAGCGGAGCAGGCGCAGGAGGAAGUGGCGCGCUGAACGGAGGAAGGAAAGCACGAGUAAGGAUGAAAGUGAGAAGGACUCGGACUGCCCCGAGUCCCCCCCGGACAGCACAGAGAGCCAGGGCGUGGCCCUGGCCCGGGAGAACCUGGUCACCCUCAUGGCCGAGCAGAAGAGGAUCCACAAACAGAAGGGCCUGCUGGAGCGCAGCUUCGAGGGGCUCCGGGACCGGGCGCGGCGCCUGGAGGAGCUGCUGCCCCAGAGGGUGAGCUCGGAGGAGCAGCGCGAGAUCCUCGGCCUCCUGUGCAAGGUGCACGAGCUGGAGAUCGAGAACGCUGAGAUGCAGUCACACGCGCUGCUCAAAGACAAUGUGAUCCGGCAGAAGAACUUCGUGGUGCAGCGAUUCGAGAGACACCGACACCUGUGUGACGAGAUCAUCCAGCAGCAGAGGCAGUUCAUCGACGACCACAGUCUGCUGGUCCCAGCGCACCUGCAGGAGCUGUACAACAUGUACCUGAGGGAGCUGGACGAGAGGAAGCUGGACCGAGCCAUGGCUCUGGACAAGGUCACCAGCAGAUACACCGUGAAGGAGGGCUCUCUUCCCAAGAUCGCGCUCCCCGGCCAGGGCAGCGACAACACGCAGGACGUGGAUUCGGACCAGGAAAGCGCCCGCUACAUGUGCUCCGACAGCAGGCGAGGUCAAGUCAAAAUGCGCAGACACACUCUGCCUCCCAUCCUACCGGAGCCCGAGCUCAGAGUUUUCAAGAGCAGCCCUCAGGCCAGGCAGAUAAAGCAGUCAGCGGUGAUGACGCCCCCUCCUAUCCACAUUAACGGGAAGGGAAACAGAGAGCUGCAGCCUCUGGCCCCGGAGAGCUUUCUGAGCUACAGUCACCUGAGCCACAGCGUCAGCAGCCACCUGGACUCGUCGCCCGAGAGCAGCGAGGCCGGGGCCGACGUCCCGCUGUCCAGGAGAGAACGGCAGCAGAUCCUGAAGGGCGUCCAGAACAUCGUUGUGAAAGCGGCGCGUCGGCGCUCCAAAGCCCUGGAGGUGGACGUGCUGCGUCUGCCGGCCGCGUCCUCCCCCCUGGACCCCAAGAAGCAGAAGAGCAGCCUCUCUCUGAGCGAGCCGUCCCCGGCAGGUCCGCCCUCUCGGCGGGGCCGGCAGCCCAGCCCCGAGCUGAGACACGCCACCUCCGACGACAACCUGUCCAGCAGCACCGGCGAGGGGCCCGGCCCCCAGGCCACGUGGACCCGGCCCCGGAACCGCCCGGUCGCGGCCAAGAACCAGACGCCUCGCGCCAUGGACUUUGAAGCUCGGCGCAAGAAGAGACGCUCGCGUUCCUUUGAGGUCACUGGUCAAGCGCUGCCUCAGACCAAGACCACUGCAGCUCAGAGGUUCCGCCCUCUGGACAGCACGUCAGACCCGCAUCUGCACAUCAACGGUCAGCCGCAGGCCCCCUCGCUGCGGCCCCAGUACCGGGGGAUCCCCCCGCUGUCUAGAGUCAGGCCCCCCCACAACACCGCCCAUACAGGCUCUGAGUCGUCCACAGCCAACCUGAAUAACCUGAAGCGAGGAGCGCAGCUCCGCCAGCCGCUCCUCUACGUCACCACCACGGGCUCCGGGGCCCAGCGGACCCGCAGACACUAAACUCUGAGCAUUGCCAGAUGAAGGCGAAGCCCUCGCUGACUGACACGAGGGAAGGUCACGAGCGUCUGCUCUGUAGGACACUAACCCGACGAAGGCUGCACGCCUCCACACAGCUCUCCUCCUGUAUUAGCUGACGGCGCUGAGCGGCUCUGAGAUCCACGAGUCUCAAGACGCCAAACAGUCGUAGAUGUAGGUUUGGUGUUCUGUCAGGUGUUUUCACUUUAGCUCGCUGUCGUGCUGAGUUUCUUGCGUUUCCAUCAAGUCAGGAUGACGUCAAGCUAACUGUGAAUGCAAGACCGUAGUCUUCGUUCUUAGUGAGUGUACGUGGUUUUUAUACGUUUCAGUGGUUAUUACGACGACUGAACAGCUUACAUAAGCUUACAUAAGUCUCAGUGUAAUGGUGUAUAUAUACGAAUCUGGGGCGACGACUGUCUUUUAUUUUCAAAAUAAAGUUGAGAAAUGUGUGAAUACUCUGUAAUGAGCUACAGCCGGCUGUUAAAAUGCAUCACCAUCAAUGUUUCUUGUAGUGAGUAAUUAGUUUGAAUAUGACACUGAUAUCUGUGGAGAAAAUGUGUUUCUUGUACAUGUUGAGGUUCCACAUCGUAUUCCCGCUCAUCCGGGAAAUUCCCAAUGUUAAAUGUUUGGUACCAUAAGAUGUUUUCCCAGAUUAGUUGGUUGUGUUUUUAAUUAACUAUUUAACGGUUGCCUUUUCUUUUAUGAUAUGACUUUUUCAUAAUUAUUACUACUUUCUAUUCUUUAUUUUGUACAUUUUUUUUAUUUGUACGCAAAUAAAUCUAAAUGAAUUGUGUAAA